ACCACUAUAGGAAUCCUGCCUUUAGUAAGAUAUGCAGUGUAUGCCCACUGCUGUACUUUUUCUUAAUUGUGUUUUCAUCAGUCUAGUUGCUUUAAAAAAUUCUAAGCUGUCUGUGGAAUCUGCGACACUACAGCGCUAGUUGUCAAAAGUGUUUAUGCCGUUGUCUUGGUGAAGGAAUAUGUCAGCUACUGAGGAGGAUACCGAGCUCAGGGAUUUGCUAGUACAAACAUUGGAAAAUAAUGGAGUCCUCAACAAAAUUAAGGCUGAACUACGUGCUGCUGUGUUUCUAGCACUGGAAGAACAGGAAAAAGUACAGAAUAAAACUCCGCUGGUAAAUGAACAGCUGAAAAGGUUUUUAAAUACAAAGGAUGGAUCUUUGGCCUCCAGUCUUAUUGUAGAAUUUCUGCAGUUCUUCAAUCUGGAUUUUACUUUGGCAGUUUAUCAACCAGAGACAAAUACGGUUAGUAGACUUGAGGAUCGGAAGAUUCUAGCCAGAGAUUUAAGAAUUUUUGAAACGGAAGGAAGUAAGGGAGCUCCUCUGUUAGUAGAGCUGAUAAAACGACAGCAACAAAAGGACAAGGAUCUCAGCACUGAGGAUGAUCAUCCAUCGAUUUCUCAGGAAUUGUCGUCCAAACAAAUAACCGAAGUGAAGAAACUGUUUGACAUGCUUGAUAAGGAUAAAAGUGGGAAAAUAAGUAAAGAUGAUGUGAAGUUACUGUUCAUGGACCUCCUACCUCACUUUCACAGAAGCAUGCUGGAAACGUAUGUGACUGACGAGUUCAAAACAGUUGACAAAGCCACUGUUGAAUUCAUUGAGGUUCUUGGACUAUAUAAGCGUUUAUUUCUUCACUGCAGAAGUGUGGUGGUGCCAGAUGUUUCUGAGAAAGCAGCUCCCUGGAAACCUUUAGAAGGAAAGCUAAAUACUCAAAAUUCACUCAGUAAGGAUGAAGAGAUACCCAGGUAUAAAGGACAUGUUAAAGAAAGCAGGGAAAUGACUGAAGUACAGAAGGCUUUUGAAAUCAACAGUCCGGUCGUGAGUUCAACUGAGGAAAGAAACAGAAGUGCCAUCUAUUCUUCAAUUGGUGAUGAGCCAAAUCUGGAUACCAAACUUGCUGACAAAACUCUGAGUGUAAAGCAUGGAAAGAGUUUUAAUUUUGAUGAAGAUGUUGAUGAAGAUGAGGGUGAUUCAUUCUUUGAUGAUCCUUUACCUAAACAAAAUAAAAUCUAUAGUUGGAAUGCUGAUAAAAACAGUGACACUGAUGAAGAUGCAGAGGAUUCUUUACGUGAGAUAAACCACAGGCUAAGCCCUGUGGACAGGAUGACAGAGUCCAAAAAACCUGCAGGAAGUUAUAGUGAGUCUAAAAAGCCAGCAGGAAAUCUAACAUCACUGUCCGAUGCCCCUGCAUUAAAAACUGGUUCAGGUUCUCUUACUGGCAUGCCUCUGUCAAAGGAACCAAAUAGACUCGGCAAGACUGCAGAGAUGAAAGAACUGAAAACAAUAAAUGAUAAAAUUAGCAGACUUGAAUUAGGUGAUGAAGAUGAUGACUAUGAUGAUGACUUUAACAGUGCUAGCCAUCGCUCAGAUAAAACAAAAAGUGAGAUCAGCAUUGGUGAAGAAAUUGAAGAAGAAAUUUCUGAAGGAGAGGACUUGUUCAAAGUGGUUGACCUUACACAAGACCGGACGAUAUCUCAGUUGAGUGAUGUUGCAGACUACAUAGAAGAAGUGUCACAGUCAUAGCUGAUGAUGAUGUGGUGGUGCACUGUAUGAAGCAGUAGUUUAUAUGCAAAUGGAACUUAAAUACUGCUGUCCUCUGACAAUCACUGGAGUAGCAGGCUGAAGCUUUUCCCUGCCUUGUGCCUUUUGUUACAGUGCUUGUGUGGAGCUACGAUCUCUGUGCAAAAAGUACUGAUUGAAGUUAGCUAUACAGUUACAUAUUAAGCAGUGGCAUAGCUUUCUAUAUGGGAAGACAACUUUGUUUUGAUGGAGGUUACAUAUUAAAAAGAAUUCAUAAAAUA